AUGGAGAGAAAAGCUUUAGAAGUUUUUCAAAGAUAUUUGAGGCUAGCUACUGGAAAGCCAUCAUUUGAUCAAAUGUACUUGAAACAUUUUGAUUAUGUUAAAGUAUCCCCACAGGGAAAUUUAUUUUUUUCCCUACAAGUUUCACAAGAAAUUUGUGACUACAAUGGGUUUCUCCAUGCAGGGGCUUUAACAACUGUAUUGGAUGCAGCAACUGGAAUGAGUUUAUGAAUGAAGCUUGAAGAAGCCAAACUUAUGCUUGCAGCUACACUAAAUGUAAACUUUAUCGGGAACCCAAAAAUAGGUGAUAAAGUGAUAAUUGAAUCUAAAUGUAAUGGAAUAUGCCAAAAUAUAGGGCAUACUUAUGCAGAAGCAUUGCUAAACGGUGCAAUAUAGUUCAUGUACUGUUGUGGAUCGUUAUUAUUGAAAAAUUAGCUGCUAUAAUUGACUUGAUAACUUCUGCAUCUUAGAAUAGAAUCGUAAUCGUUUAGACAGCAUUCAGAGUUAAAUAAAAUUUCAAGUGAUUUUAUCGAAUUUUAUAUUGUUUAUAAUUUAAUUAUUCAUCUCUUCCUCUAUACGAAAAGUAGCGAUUUUGCUGUAAAAUACCCAAUUUGGGAAUCCAAAGAAAAAUACUAAAAAUGGUCGCAAGUGUAAAAUAGGUUGGCAAAUCACGAGCCAAUUUUUAAAUAAAUUAUUAAAAAUAUCUUUCAAAAAUACAUUUUGCUAGAAUCACAUAUUAUAAGACUUUUAGAACUUCAUGUAGAGUUACUCUCCAGAGCUCCAGAUUUUCCAUAGAAGAUCCAAUUAAUAAAAUUUAAUUUCAUAUUACUUUCUCUAAAAAUUUAACCUGGCUGCUAAAACACACAAUAGAGAACAAUAGUUUUGAAUUUAAUUGAAUAACCAUUUUUAAUUUUAGUAUAGCCAAUAAAUAUAAGACUUUAAGAAUUUAUGCAUCAGCUAAACUAAUUUAAAAUUAAUUUUAAAAUAAAGCUUUUUAAAAAUUGUCUGGCUGAUUUGUCAACCUAUUUUACACUUGUCAACCAUUUUUGACGUGUUGCUUUGGAUCUCCAAAAUUGGACUUAAGCCAUUUUAAUGCAAAAUCGCUACUUUUCAUAUAAAGAAAGAGAAGAAUCAUUUAAUUGUAAAUCAUAUAAAAUUUAGAAUAAAAUAGCGUGAAACUUAAGAAAUUUUGUUUAACUCGAAUGUUUAUCUAAAUGAUGAUGAUUCUAGUCUAGGAUGUAGAAGACAUCAAGUAAAUUAUAGCAGUAUAGUUUUUAAUGAUGACAAUCAAUCAUGAUUCAUGAGCUAUAAUUGGUACAGCGUCUAAUAAUAUCUGUAUUUUUAACAGAGUAAUUCCAUAG